UUCCCCUAUAACGCUCGCCUCUCACUCUCACUCUUUCCCUUUCAAACCUUGUCCCGCCUCCUCCUUCCUUCCUUCCUUCCUUCUCUCUCUCUCUUUCCUCCCCACCCGUUUCGUCGCUCUUUCUCUCUUUCUCUCUCCUCUCCUUUCAUUCAAAUUCACUUGUCGCAAUGGCUGACCUGGCUUCAAUGGCAAUGUCGCUUGCCAUGUCCGUUGGUCCAGCAAUCGGAUAUGUUGAUCAAUAUUUAAUUAUCCGCAAGCAUCAAUCAAGUGCCGGAUUUAAUCCAGUAACCUGUGGUAUCCUCUUGUUCUCAAACAUUUUGCGGGUUUUCUUCUGGCUUGGCAAGCGAUUCGACACAACCUUAUUGAUCCAGUCCCUCAUCAUGAUCGCAGCACAGCUGGUUUUGCUGGAAAUUGUUGUUCUAUACAGACCCUUGGAGAAGCAUGAACAAGACCCUCUCUUACAACAUCAUGAUCAACAACCACAGAACAACAACAACAGCAGCAGCAGCAGCAGCAUCAAAAAGCUGUUGUUGCAGAAUUGGAGAACAAUGUGGGCAUGGGACCACUAUCUCGACUAUGUGAAUUUCCUACUGGGACUCACGACUGUGAUUGCGGUUGGCUAUCAACUGUUGGGUCAUCAUGGGUGGUUUGUUGAGACGCUGGGCGUUCUCAGUCUGGGUAUCGAAAGCACGCUCCCGCUCCCCCAAUGUGUUUCGAACUUUAAGCGACGAUCCACCGCUGGCUUUAGUGCCAUUGUGAUGGCGACUUGGUUCGUAGGCGAUAGUUUCAAACUGUUUUACUUUAUUUUCACCCAAGCACCAGUCCAAUUUGAUAUCUGCGGCGCAGUGCAACUUGCCAUCGAUUCCUUGAUCGUCAUGCAGUCAAUCCUUUUCUCCACACGAAUCAAAAAGUGGCUGGGUGUCUCUUUUCCAUCACAUCAUUUUUAUCAUCACUACUCGGCUAUAGAAGAUCUGCAACAACAUUCCCAAGUCAUGUAUGAACCUAUUAUUGCUUAGCAGUCACUCUUUAUUAUUACAUAUAUACGGCGGCUUUUCCCAUACUUCCCCCCUUACAUUAUUUCUUUGCCAUCAGCAUAAUACAUACUUAUACCAUUUAGCUUUUGAAGUAUAUUCCCCCAUAUUCUUGGUAUCAAAGAAGUUUUGUAAUUAUUUCGUUUUGAUCCAGCUAAUAUCGUUAUAUAUUUUUAUGAUCGCAAUACACCC